UAAAAUUUAGAAAAAGAAAAAAAAAAUAAAAAAUACACAGUGGCCUAAAUUAAUGGAGUGAGAAGGAAAAAGAGAAAGAAGGAGAAAGAGGAUCGGUUAUACGUCUUUCUCUUUUUGCCUCUGUGUGUAGCUUUCUUCUUCUCUCUUCCUUCUUUGCUUCUCCUUGGCACAGAAGAGAAGAGGGGAGAGAAAACCCGUCAGAAUAAUCCAUUUUUUACCGAGCAACAUAUACGUUUAACUGAUAAAAUUUUUGUAACUUAUUCGUUUUGCUCUGCGCCUCGGACGGAUUCUGCUCUUUUUUUUGGAUUUGGGUUGAGAAUUAUUGUUGCUGCGAGCAACAAAUGAUGGUUGCAAACAGUUUUGAUCUAUGGCAAAAAGAUUCCUUCUUUUCUGCAGCCGAGGAGGUUCAGGAAUCAGCUGACAUUUUGUUUAUCUUUCCAGAAUGGAAUCAGCAUACAGGACAUGGGUCAGAGAGAGAAGAGAAAUGCGGUCACCUGAGAAUCUGGAUGAACUCAGUAGAGAGCUUCAAACUACUUUAGGUACUGCCAAAUGGCAGCUAGAAGAGUUCGAGAGGGCUGUCAGAUUGAGUUAUGGACAUGGUCGAGAUGAUAAUUCAACAACUAGACACAGACAAUUUAUUGUGGCAAUUGAAAACCAAAUUUCUCGUGUUGAAGCAGCAUUAAGAGAAUCAUUUCUCGAGGAAGGAAAGCAACCUCUGCGAUGGGUAAACCUGGAUGAAGAAGAGCGUGAUGACUUAGCAGCAUUUCUCUCUGGAACUUCCCAAGUUAUAGGUUAUACCAGUUCCAAAGAUGAAUGUAUAGAGCUCAGACCGACUGUGAAAAGCUCUUAUGAGAAAAAUCAUAUUAAAAGAACCGAUGCAGACCCUAAAUUAAACUCUUCCUGCAAUGGAGAUAAUUUCGAUGAAAUAAAAUGCUUUAAAGAUGUAAUUUCAUCAACUAAGGAUGUCAAUAAUGCCAUGGAACUUGAAAGAAAUGACUUUUCAGGAUCAAGGGAUGACAUAAUUUGUCAGGCAGACAGAGCAACUAAUACAAGGAGAACAUGGAGUUCCCCAAAUGUUGGUGAUUUAAGGAUUGUCAUUGCGGAUGAAGAUGAACAGAGACAUCAAUUACUGCCAGACUUUGAGGACACACCUAAAGAAAAGGGAUCCAAACUUUUAUUUUGGAAGCAAAGAUGUGGGGAAGUUCCUCAGGUGAAGGGAGCAGUCCAUGUGUUUAACCGGCUUUUUGGUCGGGUUGGGGGGUUUCAGAGGCAAUUGCAAAAUCCACCUCGCUUGCAAUAUGGUUGUUCUGUUCCAGUUACGCUUGCUUUGAUGCUAACUAUUUUUUUGAUUGUGCCAUUUUUAUUUUAUUCAAACUGAGGCCAAGUGGUACCUCUACUGCACCUGAUCACAAUGGCAGAAUUUAGCCGGAGAUGAGGAUGCUGGUGUAGCAAAAUAUCUGUCCUAGUUAUUGACGGAGGUCUGGAGCAGGCUAAACACCUUGAAAGUUGAAGAAGUACUGAAGCAGGUAUACCAGGAUUAUACCAGGAUUUAGGUUAUGUUUGAAGGUUUCCUGGUGACACAAAUGUAAAUGCAUUCGUGUAGUUUUAAUAGGAAUGUUUUAGAGUUGACAAUCAGAUAUUUGAGCUUGAUCGAUAAAAGACUCUCUUGAACAUGGCAAUAAUAUUGAUUGUUGAGAGUCAAAUCCGGCCUAUUGUAUAACCAUCUCUUUGUUCUUGUAAGGAAGGGCUCCAUCUUCACGUUUGUUCGUAAUGAAUUUGUUUGAAGUUCGAGUUAAA